GUUCCAUCCGUGAGAACAGAACUCUUCGUCCUUGAAGAAACUUUCUACAUAUUUCAGAAUAAAGACAAGUAAUGCAAGUCAUCUAGAAAUUCAGAGCUUCGCUGUUUUUUAUUAAUUAUCAAAAGAAGAAAAAAAAUACGAUCUAAAAGAGAGCUUCAAACUGUUUAAAUUUGACAAUGGACGGGGAGAAUGAAAGUUAUGACUUCGACGCACCAAUGUUCGUUGAUUUUACCAACAGAGGACCUUUUGACCAMGACGAUUCAGACAUCGACAAAUGGUUUGACGAAAGAGACGGUGAUGAUGGCGGGAUCGCGCCGGAUAGUUUGGAGGARGACAGCAAUGACGAUGUGAAGAAUGAACACAACGAACAGGCUUCAACACAAGUUAAAGACUUAGAAGAGACUAAACAAGAUGAUGAAAGAGAAACUAUUGAGGUUAGCAGCGAGAAGACUAAAGAAGAGCAAAAGUCUGAGCCGAUGUUUUUCUUUGAGGAUAGAAGCGCUCCAAACCUCACAGUGGCGCCAUCUUGGAAGCCACGGUUGCAGGCUUUGAGACAAGUUCUCUCUACAUCAGCUUCAGCGAAGGAGGAACAAGAUGAACCACCGAUGAAGAAAAAGCGAGCUGAUUCGGCAAGAACUCAAGUAAACACAAGCAUCAAAACGACCUGUGCUCCCCGGCGAUCACUUCGCUCUUCAUCACGAUCUGAGGCCAAAAGACCAGCGAGAGCUAAACAAAUGCCUAAAAUGAAAGCUCCAAUGUUAACCAUCCCAUCGACUCCUACUAUGAUGAGACGGGUCAAAAAUGUAUCUUCAACAACAUCAACUGCCAUCAAACCUAAAGAACAAAUGGAGCUGGAGCAAAUUGCACAGAUGCAAAAGGAACUCAAAGAGAAGAGAAAGCAAAAUGAAGAGUUUAUGAAAAAGGCUCUCUCUGCUGGUAACUACAUGCCACACAGAUCUGUUGAUGAAAACUUGACAGAAGCCCAUGAAUUUCACUUCGAACUGGACAAAAGAAUCAAGAAACCACAGCACGCUACUGGCGAAGGGAAGCAGAAGAACUUCUUUGAUACUCUACGACAACAUCCAAUUUCUCCAUCUUUCAAAAACAGAAAACCAACCAAACAACGACCUUUCAGCUUCGACUCUGGACAAAGCAGAAAGCGCAAAGCAAUGGAUGAAGUCAAUUCAUGUGACGGAUAUGUCUCCAUGGCUCAGCAGUGUUACAAGUUUCAAAAUUCCACACCUCCAAGGUUCAGAAUGAAGAACGCAAAGGAACAAAACAUUGGUCYAUCAAAAUGUACUGAGAAUGAAAAAUACCACUCAAAACUGACCUUACCAAAGACGCCAUGUUUAACAACCAAAGAAAGAAAGAGAGUGUUACCAGAUGACUGUCUGAGUAGAGAGCAACAAGAAGAGAAAGAUCUUGAAGAAAUGAGGAACUACAAGUUCAAGGCUAGAGAAUUUGAUCCAAAAAUAGUAGAAAAACAAGGAACAUACGGCAUAAAACCACAGCCAGCAAAGAGCCUCACAGAGCCCAAACCAUUCAACUUGGCAUCAGAAGAAAGAAGUAUUGUUCAUAAAGCAAAGGACCAUUCAGAAAUGGAGGAAAAACCAGCACCAUUUAAAGCUCAACCUCUUCCUGAAUUUGAUAAGAAAGUAUUCAAACCAGAUUUACAACACCAGGCUACAAAACAACAUCCAUUUUCAUUUGACCAUCGUGAUAAGGAGAUGCAAACCAAGAAAGAGGAAAAAAUCCAGUCCAUUUUAGAAGAAGAAAAGAAGGCAAGAGAAUUUCACGCACAGCCUUUACAGAGCUUUUCGCCAGUAGAAAUGCCAUCCAUUUCAAAACCAACGACUAAAGUYGAGCCAUUCAACUUAUCAGCUGACACACGAGGAGCAAAGAAAGCUGAAUUAUGGGCAAAAAAGGUUGAGGAUGAGCUUAAAGAACAAAGAAAAAAAGCCGUGUUCAAAGCCCAUUCAAGUAAUGUUUUAUAUCAAGCACCAUUUGUGCCAAAGAAAUCUUUGAAACAAAACACAAUUUUCGACGAAUUUAACUUAAACUCAGAGAAGCGAGCUGAGGAACGUGCUGCCUAUGAAAUGCACAAACGAGAACGAGAAAUUCAAGAUGAGGAGCUGAUACUACAGAGACAGGCUGAAAAAGAGGAGGAGGAAAGACAGAACAUUGCAAUGUUACGGAAACAGCUUGUUCACAAAGCUAACCCAAUCAGGACUUACAAACCUGUAGCAAUCACAUCUAGUGAUAAGCAGUUGACAAUACCAGAAUCUCCUUCCUGGCACGCGGCAAAAGAUAGGAAAGUUCUACGCAUUUAGCGUUUCAUUUUGGUGUUUAUUCUUACAGCCACUCAAUGUUUUUAUCAUCGUAAUAUUUUUCAAACAGAACUCAAAAGGGACUUGAGAACAAAUAAAAGAUUUAACCAAACUGAAAUUUUGUUUUAAUAAUUCAAAAUUAUUAAAAUGCAGCUAUAAUUGACCAGUCUACAACAGUCCAAAAUUUGCUUAAGAUCUAGUACUGGUGUAUGUGUGAGACUCUACUGGUGCAUGGAACAUUGUUCUGUGUCAAUAAUUGACUGCACAACAGUAUUACAUGCACCACAAUUAAAUUUAAAAUGUUGUACACAAUUUGAGCUUUUCUUCAAUGUGAGCCAUUUGAGGUCUUUUAUCAAUAUUAUUGGUUACUAAAGCCAUGUAAAAGUAGAGGCAAUCUAGUCACUUUGUACAGUUUUAUCAUACUUUUCUGCUUAUUUUGUAUAAUACUAUUGUUAAAAAAACGAUUCCAUCAAUGUAAGAUUUUCAUAACUAAAUAAACACAGCAUAGUGUGAUGAAACAA